UAGGGAAGGGAAGGAGGAAGAAGAAGCGACUGAAAGGCGAUAUGGACAAUAUGAAAGGUUAUGGCGAUGACAUGUAUGGUGGCGGUGACUUCAACGAAGAACGUGCGCAGAACCUAUGCAGCAUUUGCAAGAAACCUGGUCAUAACGCUAGAUUUCAUAGGAGGGGUAGACAAGAGGUUGUUUAUUAAUCUUUGUGCUUAUCAAAAUUCUUAGUAAUCAUGCAUUUAUGUUAAUUGUCUUCAAAUGUACUUGCUUUGUCUUAUUACUAAUGUUAAUAAUUGUACUAAUGUUGUUUAUUUCAUUUUUGAAACAGGCGGGCUACGAUGGCGGCGCGAGCACCUCAUCCCCGCUUUAGCCUCAUUGAGGCGGACUACGACAAGGACCACCGGGCCAAGGCCUUGUCGGAGCAGCAGAGGCCGUUGUGUGUGCUUCGUGGUCGCACGCACCACGUACACAGCUGGAACGAGCGAUACGCGCCGUACAUUCGUCGUGCAGGCUUUCUUGAGAUCGUCCGGGUCUACAACAGUGGACUUCCCACUCUAGACCCUGCAGUUCUUACUGCUUUUGUUGACAGGUGGAGACCAGAGACGCACACCUUCCACACACCUUGUGGAGAAAUGACUAUCACAUUGCAGGAUGUGAAGUUGAUAUUGUGUUUGAGUUUGGAGAAACCACGAUCCUACAAAAAGAACACAUUAGAACACACAUAUACGAACUGAA